AUCUACGGCGGCCGGAAGGGACAGAAGCAGGCGCGCACGCUCUCGCUCACCACCACCGCCGCUUCCCGCACCUGCUCCCGCUGCCCCGCUCCCGGACGCAUCUUUUCCUCCCUUGUCUUCCCUUCCCUUCCCUUCCCUCGGAGCAGUGGGAGCUUCUAGCAGUAGGACUGCAACAGUCACCCAGUUUGAAAAUGGACAGCGAAGGAACUCCAGAUUCUGCAAAAGUUACAAAAGAGUGUAUCCUUACAGAGGAGUUAAUUUCAGAAGGAAAGUGGGUUAAGCUUGAGCAGACAACGUACGUGGAUCCCACCGGGAAAACCAGAACUUGGGAAACAGUGAAACGUACAACGAGGAAGGAAGGACUUUCUGCCGACGGUGUGGCGAUCAUCCCAGUGUUACAAAGAACCCUCCAUUAUGAGUGCAUUGUUCUGGUGAAGCAGUUCCGGCCACCAAUGGGAACUUAUUGCUUGGAGUUUCCAGCAGGUCUCAUAGAUGACAACGAGAGCCCAGAAACUGCUGCCCUGAGAGAGCUGGAAGAAGAAACCGGAUACAAAGGUGACAUUGCUGAAUGUUCUCCAGCUGUCUGCCUGGAUCCAGGUUUAUCGAACUGCACCACUCACAUAGUGACUGUGACGAUCAAUGGCGAUGAUGCGGAAAAUGUGAGGCCCAAACCAAAGCCCGGGGUUGGAGAAUUUUUGGAAGUGGUUUCUUUACCAAAGAAUGACCUAUUGAAGAGAAUUGAUGCCCUGGUGGCCGAUGAGCACCUCAAAGUGGAUGCCAGAGUCUAUUCCUAUGCCCUGGCCCUGAAACAUGCCAACACAAAGCCCUUCGAAGUGCCAUUCCUGAAAUUCUGAAGCUGCCUAGGACCCCAGCUGUAUUUUUUUUUUUGGUUUUUUUUUUUGUAAAGUAGACCAAAAAGACAACUUUGUAUUCCAAUAGUUAAUGUAGAUUUUUGAAUGAGCUUUUUCAUAAAAUAAAGGCAAUUAGAAUGCACAUGCUGUUAUGGGAAUCACAA